AGGCAGCUCGGAAGCCGCCCCACUUCCCGGCAUACCCCGCAGCUGUGGGGCCCAGGCCUCCCUCGUCCCCUCCCUCCCUCGACCAUCCCCGCCCCGCACCUCCCCUCAGAGCCGUCCCUGCUGCCACUGCUACUGUAACCGCCACCGCGGUUGCCGUCCCUGGUGGGGAGCCUAGGGGGAGAGGAGGCACCCGCUGUGUCCGGCCGUCUCCGAAGAGACGCCGCCUCCGCCGCCAAAAUGCCUCUCUUUGCCACCAACCCCUUCGACCAGGAUGUGGAGAAAGCAACAAGUGAGAUGAAUACUGCUGAAGACUGGGGUCUUAUCUUGGACAUUUGUGAUAAAGUAGGCCAGUCCCGUACAGGGCCUAAAGACUGUCUUCGAUCUAUUAUGAAGAGAGUGAAUCAUAAAGAUCCUCAUGUAGCUAUGCAAGCAUUGACUCUUCUAGGAGCAUGUGUAUCGAAUUGUGGCAAAAUUUUUCAUUUAGAAGUAUGUUCAAGAGAUUUCGCUAGUGAAGUAAGCAAUGUGUUGAAUAAGGGUCAUCCAAAAGUUUGCGAAAAGUUAAAAGCUCUUAUGGUGGAGUGGACAGAUGAAUUUAAAAAUGACCCACAACUUAGUCUAAUAUCUGCCAUGAUAAAAAAUCUUAAGGAACAAGGAGUUACAUUUCCAGCUAUCGGCUCACAGGCUGCAGAACAGGCAAAAGCAAGCCCAGCUCUUGUGGCCAAGGAUCCUGGUACUGUGGCCACCAAAAAGGAAGAAGAAGAUCUAGCAAAAGCCAUUGAGCUAUCAUUGAAAGAACAAAGGCAACAGCCAACCACUCUUUCCAGUUUGUAUCCAAGCACAUCAAGCCUCCUGACUAACCACCAACAUGAGGGUAGGAAAGUUCGCGCUAUCUAUGAUUUUGAAGCUGCUGAAGAUAAUGAGCUAACAUUUAAAGCUGGAGAAAUCAUUACAGUUCUUGAUGACAGUGAUCCCAACUGGUGGAAAGGUGAAACGCAUCAAGGCAUAGGAUUGUUUCCCUCCAAUUUUGUGACAGCUGACCUUAGUGCUGAACCAGAAAUGAUUAAAACAGAGAAGAAGACAGUACAAUUCAGUGAUGAGGUUCAAGUGGAAACAAUAGAGCCCGAGCCUGAACCAGUAUAUAUUGAUGAAGACAAAAUGGACCAGCUUCUGCAGAUGUUACAAAGUGCGGAUCCGAAUGACGACCAGCCUGAUCUGCCAGAGUUGCUUCAUUUGGAAGCAAUCUGUCACCAAAUGGGACCACUUAUUGAUGAAAAACUGGAAGAUAUUGACAGAAAACAUUCAGAACUUUCGGAACUCAAUGUUAAAGUGAUGGAGGCUCUUUCCUUAUAUAACAAAUUGAUGAAUGAAGAUCCAAUGUAUUCCAUGUAUGCAAAAUUACAGAACCAACAGUAUUAUAUGCAGUCACCUGGCAUUUCUGGUACUCAGGUAUAUCCAGGGCAGCCCCAAAGUGGUGCUUAUUUGGUGGCAGGAGGAACCCAAAUGGGCCAUCUUCAAAGCUACAGUCUUCCCCCAGAACAAAUAUCAUCUCUCAGCCAAGGAGCAGUUCCACCAUCAGCAAACCCAGCACUUCCUAGCCAGCAAGCUCAGACUUCUUACCCUAACACAAUGGUUAGUUCUGUACAAGGAAACACCUACCCCAACCAGGCUUCAGUAUAUAGUCCUCCUCCUGCUGCUGCUGCUGCUGCUGCUACUGACGUCACAAUAUACCAGAAUGCUGGAACUAGUAUGUCCCAGGUGCCAAACUAUAAUUUAGCAUCUUCUACACUGCCUCAGCCACCUGGUAAUCAACAACCACCUCAAGCACAGCAAACAUAUUCCCAGAAGGCUCUUCUAUAGGACCUGAACAUGAGAUUCCUAAUUGUGACUAACCUCUGCUAAGUGCAGCUGACAAUGUUAUGAGUUCCUUCCUUUAAAAUCUUAAGAUUUGUUUAUCCUCCACUUAAUAGGAAUCCAUCUUGGUGAACAAGUGCAGUGAUUGAAGAAGGUAGAACUAUGUUCAAUUUGCACUGACUUUUUAGGGAAUUUUCAUUUUUUUGCAGAGGAAUGAAACUACUUAAGGCAUUUAAUUCCUUUCAAAAUGCCUGAAAAUUGGUACAAUAUUAUUUAUGUCUGGUAAAAUUGGCUGGUCUGUGAAAAACCCAAACUUGCAAAACUUGUGGCAUAUAUAUGUUAUGUACAUAUAUUGUGUGUGAUUCAUUAGUGACCAUUUUGAAUUGCAAUGGUGAUCAUGUGAAUAUAUUUAACACUUAAAUUAAUUUACAUUACUAUUUUAUUUUAGUCAUAAGCAAACUACCAUGUUUCAGAGUUUUAUGUGGACUUAUGGAGAAUUGCAACAUCUUUUUAAAAUGCAGGAGAAUGAAAAGUUAUAACAAUAUUUGGGAGCUUUAUGUUGUCUGUAUUUUGUUUCACACUAAUUGAACCUAUGUUUCACUAAUUGUAAACAACAUAAAUGUAUCAUGGCUUUCUGCGGCCUCUGAUUACUGUUAAUUGUCUUAACAAGAUGAAUUAGCCAAAUUUUCAAUGAGGUCAUAGCAAAUGAUAACCCUCCUUUUAACCAGCUAUUAAAUUUCACCCUGAUAUUUUAAUACUCAACAUAUCAUGGGACCAUGAGAUCAAUUAAGUAGAAUCUCAUACCUUACAUCUUAUUGUUUAAAAUAUGUGGUGGGGUAUUUUUCUUAGUGAAAAUAUGUAACUAGACUUCCGAACUGUAUUCUGUGUUUAUUGGUGGCAGUGACACCAAAGAUGAGGGGGAAUGAAUGGAAAUUUUUAAACUGGAAAGAAAACAUAAAAUACACUACAUUUUC